AUGGAAAGAGGCGAAGAUAUUGAAUGCCUUGUGGUAAAUGACCCCUUUUUACCUGUAGACUACAUGAUGUACUUAUUUAAGUACGAUUCGACACAUGGGCGCUUUAAAGGUUGCUGCAGUUUUGAUGAUAAGAACCUUAUAAUUAAUGGUAAAAAAAUUUACGUGUCCACUGAGAAAGAUGGAAGUAAGAUUCCAUGGGGCGAUAAUGGGGUUACCUAUGUCAUAGAAGCAUCUGGUAUCAAUACCACCAUAGAAAAAUGUCAGUGUCACAUCACAGGUGGUGCAAAGAAAGUCGUUAUAACAGCCCCAUCAGAAGACGCCCCUAUGUAUGUAUGUGGGGUCAACUUGGAGGAUUAUAACCCUUGCGACACAGUAGUUUCAAAUGCGAGUUGCACAACUAACUGCCUAGCACCUCUAGCGAAAGUAAUACAUGAUAAUUUUGAGAUCGUCGAGGGUUUGAUGACUACAGUACAUAGCACCACAGCCACGCAAAAAACUGUAGAUGGCCCUUCUGGGAAAGAUUGGAGAGGAGGUAGAGGUGCCGGCCAAAACAUUAUACCAGCAUCCACAGGGGCUGCCAAAGCUGUCACCAAGGUUAUAACAUCCCUCGAAGGGAAGCUAACCGGUAUGGCCUUUAGAGUUCCAACACCCGACGUAUCUGUUGUUGAUCUAACCUGUCGACUGGGUAAAGCAACUAAAUAUGACGACAUCAAAAAGAAGGUCAAAGAGAUGGCUGAUGGCCCCCUAAAAGGAAUUUUGGGGUACACUGAAGACCAAGUUGUUUCCUCAGAUUUCAUGUCGACAUCACUUUCCUCAGUUUUUGACGCUUCAGCUGGUAUAGCUCUAAACGACAACUUCGUUAAAUUGGUGUCUUGGUAUGAUAACGAAUAUGGCUAUUCCAACAGAGUGGGUUUACCCAAGUGUCCCGUCAAAAUUCCUGGCUGGGACACAAUAUCCGGGACGCUGCCGCGACUACACAUCCCAGCCAUGCCAGCCGUGCGCGCCAAGCGCGGCUGGUGCGGCUGCUUGCAAGAUGACGAACCGCCCGAAAUAACAUACUGCGUGGUGGAAAAUACAGGCACUCUAACACUACAGGCCAUAACACCGACCCAACCAAUGCCAUGCGAGGAAGAAUUGGACUCGAAGUUUGCUGAACUCGUGGAAGAACUUGAUCUGACUGCGCCAAACAAGGCUGCAAUGUUGAGCCUCCCGCCGCAGAAAAAAUGGCAAAUUUAUUGCUCGCGGAAAGGAGGAGAAGACGCAGUUGACGCCGCGCACGCACCCGAUCACUACAUCGAACGACUGAAAGAACUUGCGAACGCGCACGAGGCCGAGCCGAUCGGCGACGAGGAGGUGCGAUGCCGCACGAAGCAAAUCGACGGCUUGAAAACGGCGUUGAGGACGUCGACGCACAGUUUCGUCAUCAAGUUCAUCGAGUUGGACGGGUUGCCUACGUUGUUAAUGUGCUUGGUCAAUAUGGAUUAUUUCACUGCGCAGAGUUCCAUACAUACGAGUCUUAUUGGCUGCGUGAAGGCCCUUAUGAACAAUUCUGUAACCCACCCCACUUCAAUUAACACCAUAGCUCAAUCUCUGAGCAGCGACAACAUAAAAACCAAAAUAGCGGUGCUAGAAAUCCUCGGAGCGGUAUGCCUUGUCUCGGGUGGCCACAAAAAAAUCCUCGACGCGAUGUCGCACUACCAAAAGUACGCGUUCGAACGUACACGAUUCCAAGGCAUCAUCAACGACCUAGAUAAAUCCACGGGGGUUUAUAGGGACGAAGUUAACUUGAAGACGGCUAUAAUGUCUUUCGUAAAUGCCGUGUUGAAUUACGGCUUGGGACAGGAGAAUUUGGAGUUUAGGUUGCAUUUGCGAUACGAGUUUUUGAUGCUGGGUAUACAGCCGAUUAUUGAUAAGUUACGUGGUCAUGAGAAUGAGACUUUGAAUAGGCAUUUGGAUUUCUUCGAGAUGGUGAGGAAUGAGGAUGAGAGGGAAUUGGCGAGGAAGUUUGAACAGGAACAUGUCGAUACCAAAUCCGCCACGGCGAUGUUUGAUUUGAUACGCAGGAAGUUGAGUCAUACUUCCGCCUACCCUCACUUGUUAUCGCUUUUGGAGCACUGUAUUCUACUGCCACUGGACUAUGGAAGUCAUCCACAACAUUGGUUAUUGUUUGAUAGAAUCGUACAGCAAAUUGUUCUCCAGCAAAAUCAGAAGAAUGUUGUCAAAGAUCUGGACGUAAGUCCUAUAAACAUAAACGUAAAAGAGAUAGUACAUUUACUAGCAAAGGAGGAGGAGUUGGUAGCUGCUCGAAAGAAAGCUGACGAAUUAGAAAAGGAGAACAACGAUAUGUCCAAUCGUUUGGCGAAAAAAGAACAAGAGUUGGAUCAAAGAACACAAGAAAAAGAGGAUAUAGAAUCAUCCCUCAGCAGAAUUAAAGAACGCUUGGAGAAGGAGACCGCCAACCAUAUAGAAACCCGUCAAAGAUUAUCAGAGCUAGAAUACAGAGCGGCAGAUCUAGAUCGUCAGGUAAAUAGCGAGAGGGGGGAGCGUUUCCGGCUGGAAAAACUAGUCACUUCCGGCAACAUUCCCGACGACGCUAAAGUGAUAUCGUUACAGCAAGACUUGGAGUUGAAGAAGGAGUUUACCGCCCCACCUCCGCCGCCCCCGUUGGCACCCCCGCCUCCACCCAUGGUCCCAGGUCCUCCACCCCCACCAUGCGCACCAAUGGCGCCGCCAGUGCAAGCUCUUAAAGUUGAGAGUGUGAAGAAGAAUGUACCACAACCGUCGAAUCCAUUAAAAAGUUUUAACUGGAGUAAAAUUCCUGAUAUCAAGUUGAAUGGAACUAUUUGGAGCGAAUUGGAUGACUCUAAAUUGUAUAACACCAUGGAGUUGGAGUGUAUUGAUAAAAUUUUCUGCGCCUAUCAGAAGAAUGGAGUUGCUAACGAAGGCUCCAUCGAAGAUUUAACCAAACUGGGCAAAAACCGUAGCAAAGUUCUGUCAGUAAUCGACAGCAGGCGCGCUCAAAACUGCACCAUUCUGCUAAGCAAGCUCAAAAUGUCCGACGAAGACAUAACCAAGGCAAUUUUGAGCAUGGACCACAAAGAACAGCUUCCCAUAGAUAUGGUGGAGCAAUUGUUGAAGUUUACGCCUAGUCCUGAAGAGUGCGCUCUAUUGGAGGAGCACAGCGACGAAAUAGAGUCGCUGGCGAGAGCUGACAGGUUCCUCUAUGAAAUAUCAAACUUGCACUACAAAAAAAGGUUCCAAGUCACUCUAAACGAAAUAACGCCACGAAUCACGGACGUGAUGGAAGCUUCCAGAGAAGUUUCCAGAUCCAGACGAUUAAGAAGACUUCUGGAAAUUGUUCUGGCACUGGGAAACUAUAUGAACAGAGGCGCCAGAGGUAACGCCUCAGGUUUCAGGUUGACUUCCUUGAAUAGGCUUACAGAUACAAAAUCAAGCGCGAAUAAGGGGACGACAUUGUUGCACUACCUGAUACAAAUCCUGGAGAAAAAGUUCAAAGACAUCAUGAGGUUGGAGGAAGACAUCCCACAUGUGAGAGAUGCUUCAAAAGUAUCUCUUGGAGAGUUGAACAAAGAUAUGGCGCAUUUAAGAGCCGGCCUAAAAGACGUGGCGAAAGAAAUAGAGUUCCAUAGAACACAAAGUCCUAUUGCGAACGAUAAAUUCGUACCCGUGAUGAGGGAAUUCCAAGCUACAGCUACAUGCAGACUCGCUGAGAUCGAGGAUCUCUACCAAGAUAUGAAGACAAGGUUUGAAAGGGCUGUAAGAUUGUUCGGGGAAGAUUCCACAAAUGCACAACCGGACGAGUUCUUCGGAGUUUUUGAUACGUUCCUCAUAUCGUUUUUGGAGGCAAAACAUGACAACGAAAACAUGCGUAAACGACAGGAAGAGGAGGAAAAACGCGCCAAGCAGGAGGCGGAGCUAAAAAAAUUAACCCUCGAAAGAAAACACAGCAGAGAAGGAAUUCUAUCGUCGAUAAACAAAAGUGUUAGUUUGACGAACGGCCAUCAAGGUCCGAAGGGUGAGUUUGACGAUUUAAUAUCCGCACUACGUACCGGGGACGUUUUCGGGGAAGAUAUAGCAAAAUUUAAAAGGUCGCGAAAAAGUCGGGUAACAACCGGGAACUCUCCCCCAAGGAGGAACAGUGUAAAUAGGGAGGAUAGCAGGGAAAGAGUUGUGACGGCCAAUGGCAAAAAAAAGUGAAUUAGUAAACCUUAGGGUUGUGAAUAAAUGGCCUGCUUUUUAUACUUUUUAUAGCUUUAAUGUGUGGGGUUUGUAUUUCUAAACAUUCCUGUCAAACAGAAUUUAAAUUACUCUUAUCGUUUCAGAGAUAUUUAGACUUCAUACAUUUAAAGUAUAAAAAUGAUAUAAAAACUAAGUAGCAUUGUCUCAAAAUUUUAUCGACUGAAUACUUUAAUUUCCGUAGGCUUUUAUAAACUAACUAAAGUAAAUAAUUAGGCACCGUUUGCUCAGUAGUUUUUAUAUUGUAUUUACAAUAAUAAAUAAAAGGACUUGUUUUGGUCUUUUCGACGAAUAUUCGAAGCCGUCACACUAAAUAAAUAAAUAGUUUUAGCUUUUAAUGUCGCAUGAUGAAUAACUACUUAAAUUAUUAAAUUUGUGAUUAUUUUUUUCCCCGGACCAAUUUUGUACGUUUGUUUUGUUAAUAUUUCUAGCGCAACCAAAUACGUUUUAUUUUGUUCGUCUUUUUUUGUAAUAUAACGAAGCGUUUUUAUAUAUUAUAUAUAUGUAUUAUCUUUGUACUUAAUAGAUUUUAAGAGUAGCAUAGUUUAGAUUUGUAUUAUGUUAUUUUUUAAAAGGAUUAUUCGACAAUGCAUUCAUGUGGAACUGAUAUAAACACAUUGAUGUUAUGAAAUAUAAUUGUUAAUUUAUUUACAA